AUGCUUCCAAAAAUAUCCAUCAUUGGUGCAGGGCCAUCCGGCCUAGUCCUAGCUUCUCUGUUCCACCGCAGUAAAAUACCCUUCACCAUCUACGACCUCAGAUCUCGUCCCUCUCCAGGUCUUGUUAAUAUCCCAUCCGGCUCCCUAGAUCUUCACGUCGAAUCAGGGCAACGCGCACUCUCAGAAUGUGGGCUUCUCCAAGCAUUCCGGUCACUCACCGUAGAAUGUAGCGAAGAACACAUCAUCUGUAAUCGUUUUGGAGACAUAAAAUUCGAGGCACCCAAUCACAACGAAGAGCGACCUGAAAUUUCAAGAAAUAGUUUGAUCGAGUUGCUUUUGUCUUCACUGCCCGAAAAUAUCAUUCAAUGGGAACGUAAAAUCCAAUCCGUUUCUCCAAAUCCUUCAAAUCCCCACCAACAAAUCAUCACAUUCCAAAAUGGGAGUUCUCAGUCUUGUGAUUUGGUAAUUGGAGCGGAUGGAGCAUGGUCAAAGGUUCGCCCACUCUUGACGGAUGUGAAACCAUAUUUUAGUGGUGUGCAUUGGAUGACGUUAACGAUUCCAAAUAUCACCAAGAGGUUCCCAGAAAUAGCUAAGAUGAUUGGAACUGGAACCUUCUGGGCACUGGGUGGAAAGAGAUUUAUUCUGAGUCAGAGGGGCUCGAUAGAUUCAGCAAGAGUGUAUGUUGCUGUACACAACGAAGAUAUCAACUAUUGCAAUGAUGCAGGCUUGAGUUCUUUAGACCUUGAGCAGCUGAAAGAGAAAACUCUUGGCGAAUCUGGUAUCUUUGCUGAUUUUGGCAAAGGAGUCAAGGAUUUGCUUGAAAAAGGGUUGGAGGAGGAGAAAACCCCGAAGUUUCUGCAGAUGCAUAUGUUACCUACUGAUCACAUGUGGGAGCAUAAAGCCAACGCGACAUUAGUAGGAGAUGCAGCACAUCUCAUGACGCCAUUUGCAGGAGAGGGGGUCAAUUCGGCAAUGUUAGAUGCUUUAGAGUUGGCGCAAGGAAUUAUUUCGGCUGUGAAACAGGGCACUUCGAUCUCGGAUGCUGUGAGAGAGUAUGAGAUAAAGAUGUUUGUAAGGGCGAAAGAGAAUGCUGAAGAUACAUGGACUAACUUGGAGAAAAUCUUUGAGGAUAAUGCACCGAAGGCGAUAGUGGAGUGGUUCAAUAGUUUUAGUGCGCUGCCCGAGCAAGUUUGA